ACGCGACGUCGCCCCGCCCAGUAGGGAGGUGGGUCCGUGCGGCCGAGUCUACACUACAGCGGGGGCGGCUCUGCCGAGCAAGAGUCGCCCCGCUUGGGGCCAGUCAGUCAGUGGUCGGGAAGAUGGCGGUGAACAGGAACCACAACGAAGGCGGCGGGGUUAUUCCCCCUAACGGGGAGAGUAUUCUCAGGCACUGCAAAGAUGUGGAGCUGACUUUCUCUGAUGUGACUGGCAAACCUGACAUCUUCAAAGGCACGAAAAAAGGAAUGCUGUUCCUCACCCCCUACAGGGUCAUUUUUGUGUCCAAGGGCAAGGACCCCAUGAUGUCCUUUGUGAUGCCGUUCUACUUGAUGAAAGGAUGUUCCAUUGAGCAGCCAGUAUUUUCUGCCAAUUAUAUCAAAGGUGUGAUAGAAGCAGAACCAGGAGGUGGCUGGGAAGGGCAGGCUUCAUUUAAGAUGAGUUUCCCCAGUGGCGGCGCCAUAGAAUUUGGGCAAUUUAUGUUCAAACUUGCUAGCAAUGCUUCCAGGGGAAUCCCUUUCCAGAGCUUUGGCUACGUGUACGCACCUAUUCCUGGGGGCUAUGCCCCUGCUCCAGGAGCCUAUAUGCAUGCACCAGGGGGCUACGCUCCACCACCUCCAGCUGGGGCAUAUACUUAUAGUCCAUAUGGAUACUCUCCACAACCUAUGGGAUAUCCAUAUGCACCACCUCCAGGCAUGUAUCCACCUCCUCCUGGGAUGAACACAAUGUAUAUGGCACCUCCUCCCCCAUAUCCUGGGCCUGCUGCUGCAGGCCCUUCAGCUCCAACAGACACAGGCCCUUCAGCUCCCAGGACUUGGACAGAGCCUGGAACACCAGGUGGCAACAAAGCAGCAGAGGCAACUUCCAGUGCAUAUUAUAACCCAGCCAAUCCUCAUAAUGUCUACAUGCCUAUGGAUCAGCCACCUCCUUAUGCACCACUUGAUGAGAAAAAGAACAACUAAUGGGAGCCCAGCAGCCACCCUCCAUGUCUUUUGCCCUUGAAGACUUUGCCAUUGCCGCCUCUUCCUGGUUCUCUGUCAUCCUGUGUCGAUAAUGUGCACUGUGUUGGGUGACCCUAACACCCACUGUUCUUAAACUUUUUAGCAUGGCAAUACAAAAGAGCAGUGACCAGUAAGCUUUCCUGACUGCUUACUUUCUUUCCUGAGGCCAGGAUAGGACUGCCGUGACUCUGUGAGCCCUUAAUUUGAAGGGAAACUUAAAUUACCCAUAAUGUGGGUUAAGCCACUUCACAUGCAUAGGGAUGAAAUACUGAAGCUCUUUGGGUGAAGCAAAACACUUCCAUAAUGAUAUGCAGAUAUAAAUAUGAAAGGAGUACAUUGUUUUCAUGCAUUGCUGCUCGCCUAUAGGCAUAAGUGUUUUAAAAAAUUUCAACUCGAUGCAGUUUAAUGCAGAGGUGGGGGGCGUGAAUCUGUAAACACAUGGAGGCUUGUACCUCCUUACUGGAUGGGGCAGGGAGGAUCUUGGGGGAAGUCUCCCAUGAUGUCUGAAAGAAGGCUGCUGGUGAAGGGAGAUCUAUUGGUGGGCCUUUUGGUCUAUGUCUUUAAACGUUGUUGCAUCUCCAGCUACAGGUAUAAGACACAUGGCUUUGCAGGAGAGAUCUUUACGCUUCCUGCAGUCUAACAAUAUCUAGUAAAAGGAUGUCUGGUAGAAGCACCAGAGCAGAUGUAUCUGUAUGAAGUCAUCUGUACUACCGUAGGCUUCUCUGCUUUGCUUAGAGCUGCUGGAUCAGUGUCUGUACAGUGUAUCCUGUAGCGUAAUGAGGGGGAUGUAUUAAUGAGUCAGGUUGAGGGCCCCUGAAACCAAAGAAGUAGCUUUAUAAAAUGAUUAGCCUUGCAGUAAGAGGAACAAAAUGAAAUGUACUAAAGCAAAUGGUUUGGAAUCUAGGCAUAGAAUUUAAAAAUAAAUUCUAAAUAAAUUCUACAUCAGAGGUCCUGGGCAUGGGACCCAAGCAGAAUGUUCUGGUCGUCUUGAUAUCAGCCUCGCCCCUGCCGAGAAUAUUUUUGUACUCUGUGACAGCCAGUGCAACAGAGAAGUGUAUUUUGCCGGAGAGUACCUUUUCUCUACCAGAGCACAGGAAUGAUUCUAGUAAUAAUUUUAGCAAAGUCUCAGAUGAAUAUUUAAGCCAUUUCUCCUCACUGGGCACUCAUGUAACAGAAGCACUAUGUGAGGACGGUGCAGGGAGGGGGGAUAUAGAGUCCCUUCUUUACACACAGUAAAGCCAUUUUGAGAUGGACUCUUGCAUCUGAACUGUAUUGGAGGAGAUAACCUUUCUACCCUUCCUCACUCGAUUUAAGCUAUAUGCAAGAGAGCCACACAGGUGCAAUUGCUGUUCUUGUAUUGUGGAUGUCUCAGGCCCAGAAGACAGUUACAUGCAUCAUGAGUCCUGACACACUUAAAUGUUGUGUACUAAAUAAGCAUGGGAGGCAACCAAGACUGCAGUGGGGGAGGGAAGGAUUUGGCAUGGUCCCAAUCCAGAUUGCCCUGCUGGCUGCUGUUAGUAAACAAAAGUGAAUGUUGGUGGGGGGGGGCAUGGAUGCACUGAAUGUACUGUGUAAUCUGGCCCUUUGCUAACGAUGCUGUUACUGACUUAGCUGUGAUUUUUUUCACAUGCUAAUUCCUCUUAUAUUUGUUCAAAAGAACUCUUGAUCUACUGAUAGAAGAUCUGUUUCACAAGCCCAGUCACUCUUGAAAUCUCUUCCUCCUCCUCCUGUAUAGCAGAGCUAUGUUUUACAAGAAAAGCCAAGGCACACACUAGUAUGUGCUCUUUGGUCACUUUCUUCCUCUUCCCCUGUAGUAGCUGAGCAUGUUACUCAGUGUAGCAGGCAUAGGAAGAACUUUUCUAAUAACCUUUUAACCUUAUCCCAGGAUGCUUAUGACUUUCCAUAAAUUAAUCUUUAGCUCUGUUUGUAAUAUUUUUGGAUUGCACUUUAAUACAGAAGUAUUGGAAUCUU